AUGUAUAUCGGUAAAACACGAGAUGGAAUUCUAGCAGGAAUUGUUGGCGGUGCUCUUGUGAACUGGAAUUUUUCUCUCUUCGUUAAUGAGUGCUUAACCCCUCUAAUGUAUUUAUUGAAACGACAUCAAAAUUUAGAUGACUUUAUGGAAGCUCUGUCAUUCAAGUUAUCACAAAUUUUUGGUGCUAAACUAGCUACGCUGCCAAAAAUAAGUUUACGAAUGCUGAUACACAUUCUGCUAAUGAAAUCCGACAUUUCUUUAAGACGUAUGAUUCUCUCUUUGUUAUGCAAACGACAUCCAGUACCCUUUGUCGAUCCAACAAUUAUUGACCAACACCAACAAAAACAGGCACACUAUCAAAUUGUUCCAGAGAUUCUUCACGUUUGGAACUAUGAUCGACCAACAUUUCUCUCCUUUGGUGUUGGACCUUGCUUCCGAAAGUCAACACUGAUGAAUGCCGUAUUUAUGUCUAGUUUCGAACAGUCAACUCAGUCUAUUUAUUUUCAACAAACGAUUGAUAUUGAUUUCGGCUAUAGUUUUCUACCAUCACAACCAAGAAAAAUGAACAUAGCUGAUGCACACGGUCAAAUGACAAAACAGCUUCUGUGUAAAAUCAGUGAAUUAUUUGAUGGAUUCCUGGUGCACGUUGACUACGAGUUUUUAGAACGAAACAAUGAAUUUGUUUUGGAUUUUCUCGAUGCUCUACCGGUUGAUAAAUAUCGUCUUCUUAUUAUUCGUGAUCUACAGCGCACAGUGGGCAUUUUUAGCUAG